AUGGAUGUAACCGAACAAAUGCAGAACUUUGUGAAUGGUCUGAAGUUGAAGACUAAGCAACUAAUUGACACAGUUGCCGGUGGUUCAACAAAUUUUAAAACAGCCACGGAGAUAAAGAAGAUCAUAGAUGCUAUUGCAGCAAACGAACAUUUAGAGCUGUAUGACCGCAGUGUUAAUCAACCUGAGGGGUUAGUUGAUUUGAAGCUGUCAAAUCAAGUUGUGAAAAUGGAAGAUCAGAUUGCAGCUGAAGUUGAGCGCAGAUUGAAACAAAUGGCACUUGAAAAGCAAACUGUUGCACAAGUUCAACCAGCUCAGCCGAUUCAAGCGGUAAAUUGUGAAAUAUGUGGAGGACCUCACUUUGCCAUGCAUUGUGUGGUAACAGCACAACAAGUUGAGGAAAUUAAUUUUUUGAAGCAGAACAAUCCCUACGCUAACACUUAUAAUCUGGGGUGGAAAAAUCAUCAGAAUAUUUCCUGGAAAGAUCAACAAGGAAAUGUUCCUGAACAAGGGCCCACUCCAUAUCAAGGUUUACCACAACAACAACAAUAUCGGCCACCACCACAACAACCAUAUCAGCAACCAUAUCAGCAACCUCAACAACAAUUUCAGCAACAAGGGCAAAGAAAAGCAGAUUGGGAGAUUGCCAUUGAAAAAAUGGCCGCUCAAAGCUCUCAAUUCCAAGAAGAAACAAGGAGUAAUUUUCGGAACACAGGUGCAUCGAUUAAGAUUCUUGAAAUUCAGAUGAGUCAAAUAGCACAACAACUAGCAAGUCCUCAACAACCUGGUACUAUACCUAGUUCAACAAUUCCAAAUCCCAAAGAUCACAAUAAUGUGAGUGCCAUAAUCACUAGAAGUGGUAAAGCAAAAGAAGCUAUGAAGGAAAGUGCCGAAGGAGAAGAGCCAUUAUUGGAAGUUGAUCUAGAAAUAAAGGAGAAUGAGGUAGAAGCUGAAGAUUUGGUUGUGUCGGAACCUGUGACGAAAGAGAAGGUGGUUGAGCCAAAACCCACCAUUAAACUUCCUUUCCCUACAAGAAAUAAGAAGAAGGGGCAGCAUGAGAAAAAUUUUGAAAAAUUCUUGGAGAUGUUCAAAAAGCUCGAGUUCAACAUUCCAUUCCUGGAGGCAUUGGAGCGAAAGCCUACAUAUGCCAAAUUCAUGAAGUACAUCAUCUCAAAUAAAAGAACCAUCGAUCGUGACCCUAUUAUUCUAACUGAAACUUGUAGUGCUAUUUUGCAGGGUAUGAAGAUCCAGAUGAAAAAGAAGGACCGAAGUUCCGUGACUAUCCCUUGCACAAUCGGGGAUCGGUCCUUCAAGAAAGCUCUUAUUGAUUUAGGAGUAAGUGUGAGUCUUAUGCCGCUGUCUAUUUACAAAAGGCUAGGAAUUGGUAAAGUGCAAGAUACAAGGAUGACACUCCAAUUUGCUGAUCACUCGGUAAAGAGACCAUACGGGAUAGUUGAAGAUGUGCUUGUAAAGAUUGAUAAGUUUGUGUUCCCGGUGGAUUUUGUCAUCUUAGAGAUGCCGGAGGAUGAAGAGAUUCCGAUAAUUUUGGGAAGACCAUUCUUAGAGACUGGAAGAUGUUUGAUAGAUAUAGAAGAAGGCACAAUGACUCUGAAGGUAUAUGAUGAGGAGUUAAAAAUUGAUGUUCGAAACACCAUGAAGUAUAAGGAUGAUGUUGCAACCAGUCAACAUAUUGAGGUAAUUGAUCAAAUUGUUACUAAUGCACAUGCUUUGAAUUCACAACAAUUACCUUUAGAGAGGGUGUUGAGUCUAUCAAUUUUUGAUGAAACAGAAGUGGUUGACGAAAAAGAGAUGGAAGUAAUAGCAAUGAUGGGAGCGAUACCAACUUUUAAAGGCUCUCGACAAAACCGAUGGGAGGAUCUAAGGCAACCUUUAAUGUAG